AUGGCCUCCUCAUCGACCACCACAAAACCCACUUGCAAGCACCUCGUGCUCGACGCAGGCCCGCUGCUCUCGCUCUCGCCCCUGCGCGGGCUCGCGGAGACGUACUACACCGUGCCGCAGGUGCUCGACGAGCUGAAGGACAAGCGUGCGCGGGAGCACUUCCAGCAGCUCGGCCUCUCGGCCGGUGUGAGGAUCGACGUUAGGGGGCCGGAUGCGACGUCGCUGGCACAUGUGAUACAGUUCGCGAAGAAGACGGGUGACUACUCGGUUCUCUCGCAUGCGGAUCUGUGUGUGCUGGCCUUGACGUAUGCGCUGGAUGUCAAGGAGAAGGAGCAGGCAAAGCCGACAGGGGAGAACCCGCAGACGCAGGAUGAAAGUGCCACAUCGAGUGCAGCUCAGGGGACACAGGAUAAGAUCAGCUCUACAGAGGAACAUAAACAUGAUGCGGAGGUAACAGAAAGUGGCACAAACGAUGCAUUGGAUGCAGAGACCGAAGCGGAUGAGGAGGAACCUCUAGAGUCGGAUACACCAUCAUCAGAUUCGGACGGAGACGACACAGGGGAGGAGACCAAAACCGACACCCACGACGAGGCAGCCGAAAAUGACGAGCAACCAAGAGAGCCUCUGGACGUAGAGCUGCACCCAAUACAAGAUCAGGAGGAGCAACCAAAAGAUGCCCCCGCUUCGAGCUCACAUCCACCUUCAUCUACUUCACCGUCUACCACACCACCCACCACGACCCGCCCCACACAAGCGCCGCCCGAACCGAUCUACGACGACCCCUCCGACGAAGAGGAUGGCGAGGGCGAGUGGAUCACACCAUCCAACGUUGCAUUGCACAAAUCCCGUGCGCUCAACCUCCUUCCGUCCGACGACGCAAGGAAGGGGAAAGCAAAGCAGGAACACAUCCCGGUCGGGUGCAUGACCGCGGAUUUUGCGAUGCAGAACGUGCUGCUGCAGAUGGGGCUGGGGCUGGUGAGCGUCGACGGAAAGCGGAUCGAGAGGGUCAAGAGUUGGGUAUUACGGUGUCAUGCAUGCUUCAAAAUCUGCAAAGACAACGCACGCAAGUUCUGCCCCUCGUGCGGGAACCCCACCCUCCUCCGCACCUCCGUCACCAUCUCCUCACCGAACGCAGGGCCAAACACCCCCGCACUGCAAGUGCACCUCAAGAAGAACUUCCAGUACAAAACCCGGGGCACGAUCUACUCCAUCCCCACGCCCAAGCCGGGCAGCGCCAAGGGCGGGCCAGGCGAGGGCCUCAUUCUACGCGAGGACCAGCUCGCGUGGCAGCGCGCGAAGAAGCGCGCGGACGGGAAGCGCGAGCGGGAGGAGAGGCGGAUGCUUACCGCGGCGACUCGCGGCGGGAUUGGCGAGGGGGGCGCGGUACUCAGUAGUUGGAUGGACCCGGAUUGGGUGCCGGAGAUUCUGAGUGCGGGGGCGGGCGGGAAGGGGAGGAAUAUGCGGAGUAGGGGCUUUGAUGGGGACAUGCCAAUCAUUGGGCACGGGAAGAAGAAUCCUAAUGAGAGGAGGAGGACGAAGUGA